GCGCCCGGGCGGCGCGGUGGCGGAAUCAGUCGGCUAGCGCUCGCUGCUCUCCGUCUGCCUACGCAUAGAAUACAUGCCAUGUAGCUCGUGAGUACGGGGGUUCUACAGGAACAGUCGGUGCGUUCGCCGUUCCCCUCCUCUGGCCCUCCACCCGUCGCCCGCGUCGAAGAAAAGCUUCGCCAAAUCCACACGGCAUUAUCCAUGAUCUGCCAAACCGCAGUAUGUCCUUGCUCUGCGUGACUGUGAGGGGAGCCAGGUUCACCGGGACGACAGGGCAAUUCAACAGCUAUGUGAACCUGAAGCUCCAGAAUGUCAAGUCUACCACCGUCGCAGUCAAGGGCACCAACCCAAGCUGGGAGCAGGACUUCAUCUUCGAAACCAACCGCAUGGACACAGGCCUGGUGAUUGAGGUGUGGAACAAGGGCAUGCUUUGGGACAAGCUGGUGGGAUGCCAGUGGCUGCCACUCAUGGGCAUACAGUACUCGACAGAGGUGGGGGAGGGGGAGUGGCUUUCCCUGGACUCUGAGCUCAUCCUGGCUGACGGAGAAGUCCGCGGGACCAAGAACCCGACCGGACACAGCAUUCUCAUCGAGGCGCACUUCGAACUACCCUACGAUCUCCAAGAUGACACGCCAGAGUUACAAGAGAAGCUUGAAAUGCUCAACAGCAUCAUGGAUCAAGAGAUCACAAGCUUCAGGGAACAGCAGAAGAGGCCACUCCAUACGCUGAACUCGGGCAUCUCGGAGGACAGCGACUACACGAGCGACGUGGGCUACCCCGCGUCGGCGCAGCACCCGCACCAGCACCACCAGCAGCAGCCGCAGCAGCCCGGCAGCUCGGCGCACCACCCCAACAGCUCGGCGUCCCAGUUUGGGGCCCAGCAGCUGGCCAGGGGAGGGGCGAGCCUGGCCGGGGGCAGCGGCGGCCUGCAGCAGCAGCAGCAGGGCCCCCUCUACGCGGAUUCGGGGGGCUACGGGGCGGCGGACUACUAUGCGGAGCCGCUCUACUACAACAGCCGCCCGCCCCACCACCAGCUACGCAGUGCACGGGACGUCGAGCCUCCUCCCAGGAAGGAGGGUCGUCGCAGCUACGCGGACUCCCCACGGAGCUCCGCGCAUUAUGCGGAGGCGGACGCGGGCCGACCCCCGGCCUGGGACGAGUCGGCGCGAGAGAGCGGCAGGGGCUACUCCAGACGGCAUCCCACGCGCAAGCCCAGUCUGGAGAGGCAGGCCAGCUUCGAAGGGCAAGGCUACGAGGAUUCCUCCUACGAGUACCCAGACACGAGAACCAGGGGCUACCCCGUGCAGCAAGACAGUUACGAGAGCUACAGGGACGAAGCAUCUCCGCCGCCCCACGGCCGCAACUGGAACUACCCGCAAGAGGACCCCUACUACCCGUACGACCAACAACAACGGUCCACCUGGGCGACCGCCGCGGACCAGCCCCACGUCAAGGCGAUCCGCGGGCUCCCCGGCGACCCGCAGUCCAACGUCGGACCGCAAUGCGAACCGUACGGCGGCUACGACAGCGCGGGCUUCUUCAGUGGUGCCGAUCGGACUGACGGCCUCUUCCAGUACUCCCCGCAGCACGUGGAAACGACGCGGCCGUUUGGAAUCCCCGAGUUCUCCCCGACGCACGACGACGACGACGCUGCAACCUACAUCGAGUACCCCGACGGUCAGAUGGUCGUUGAAUACCCCGACGGAAAGGUGGUCGAGUACCCGACGAUCGACUCCGCGCCGAUCGUGACGCGGAGCGAGGCGUACUCCGUUCCGACGGAUGUCCGCGGCGCCGUGCCGCCGGGUGCGAACCGGCUGCCCCAGCCAGAACCCGAGCCGCCACCGACGGCGGUGUCGGCGCCGGUGGACGAGGCUCCGUCGCGGAGGAGGAGUUUCUACGAGCCGGCGGAGCCGGACCGCAAGCCGGAACCGCCGGGCUUGAAAACGGCAGAGCCAGAGAGGAGACGGAGUUUCUACGAAACGAAACAGCAGCUUGCGCCCGCGUUCGAAGCGCCUGCAAACGCGCGAACGAGCGACGACGCGCCUUCGACGCGGCGGAGGAGUUUUUAUGAAGCGAACGAACCGGCGACUGUGCCCUCUCCGUACGAACCGCGAAGCGAACCCGCGAAGCGGAAGGACUCGGCGCCUUUUCCCGUCGACGAGGCCGGGAGCCGGCGGAAGCCGGCACUGACAAGGACAGACGGGAGGCGAAAAGCGUCGCCGACAAAGAUGGAGGGCGACGCGUCGUUGGCCCCGCCCGAAGAAGAACACGCGCCGCCGCGGAAGACCGGCGUCUCGGUCAGUUUCUGCGAGGAGGUGAACCAGGUUUACCCUGGACCGCCGGCGUCGGCAGAAGAACCAGUUCCCGAGGAACCGGUUCCGAAGACCGACUCGCUGGCGGUGCCUGCGGCGCUCUCGGCGGCGGCGGCGGACGACCGGCCCCCCAUCGUUGCUGUCACGGCCGAACCUGGGAUGUCCCGAGGCAAAUUGCACUGGCUGUCUGCGUUCAACCGCAUCGUGAAUCAACUGAACGAGAGCGGAGGCGCUCUUAGGUCAAGCAGUCGUGAUGGACCCAAGAGCCUAUGGCCUCGCAGCAAUGCGCCUGGGGAUAAUCCCUUCUACAGUAACAUCGACUCGAUGCCUGAUAUCAGGCCUAGAAGAAAGUCAAUUCCUCUUGUCAGCGAGUUGACUAUGGCUGCCACUAAACGGAAUGCCGGAUUGACUUCAGCCGUUCCUCGCCAGUCGCUCAACGACGAAGAACUGAAGACGCACGUGUACAAGAAGACGCUGCAGGCGCUCAUCUACCCGAUCUCCAGCACGACGCCGCACAACUUCCAGUCUUGGACGGCAACGUCGCCCACGUACUGCUAUGAGUGCGAGGGUCUGCUCUGGGGCAUCACCAACCAAGGCCUCAGAUGCACCGAAUGCGGCGUCAAGUGCCACGAGAAGUGCCGCGACCUGCUCAACGCCGACUGCCUUCAGAGGGCAGCGGAGAAAAGCACGAAACACGGAGCCGAAGACAAAGCAAACAACAUCAUCAUGGCCAUGAAGGAAAGAAUGAAGAUUAGGGAGCGCGAUAAGCCUGAAAUUUUCGAAUUAAUCAGCGAAUGUGUAGCGAGUGUGCUCAGAAUUUUUGUGAUAGCUGUUCUGUUGCAAACAGUCGUGCAGCGGUACAAACCUUUGUGGACUUUUGUGUGGUGCCGCUUCAGGGAAGUGUUUAGCGUGGAUGUUAAGAGCCAUGCGGGCCACCAGAAGGCGGUAAAGCAAAGUGUCCUUGACGGAACGUCCAAGUGGUCUGCCAAAAUAGCCAUCACUGUCAUCUGUGCUCAGGGUCUGAUCGCGAAAGAUAAAAGCGGAACCAGCGACCCUUACGUGACGGUUCAGGUUGGCAAGACAAAGAAGAGAACAAGGACCAUGCCGCGUGACCUGAACCCAGUGUGGAACGAAAAGUUUUUCUUCGAGUGCCAUAACUCUUCGGACCGUAUCAAAGUGCGAGUCUGGGAUGAAGACAACGACCUGAAGUCAAAGUUGCGGCAGAAGUUGACGAGGGAGUCGGACGAUUUUCUCGGCCAAACAAUCAUCGAAGUCCGAACACUGAGUGGGGAGAUGGAUGUCUGGUACAACCUUGAAAAGCGGACGGACAAGUCUGCGGUUUCCGGUGCCAUUCGCCUCCACAUCAGUGUAGAGAUUAAGGGUGAAGAGAAAGUUGCACCGUACCAUGUGCAGUACACAUGUUUACACGAGAACCUGUUUCAUUACCUAUGUGAACACAACGCUGGAGUUGUAAAACUUCCAGAAGCGAAAGGGGACGACGCCUGGAAAGUUUACUUUGAAGAAAAUCCAGAGGAAAUAGUGGACGAGUUUGCUAUGCGAUAUGGGAUUGAAUCAAUCUACCAGGCAAUGACCCACUUCCACUGCCUGUCGACCAAGUACAUGUGCCAAGGGGUACCUGCUGUGAUGAGCACCCUUCUUGCCAACAUCAACGCCUACUAUGCACACACGGCCGCAUCGUCUGCUGUCUCUGCGAGCGACCGUUUCUCGGCUUCUAAUUUUGGGAAAGAAAAGUUUGUAAAGCUUCUAGACCAGUUGCAUAAUUCUCUAAGAAUCGACCUUUCUAUGUACAGAAAUAAUUUCCCUGCAUCGUCUCCAGAGAAGCUACAGGACCUGAAGUCAACAGUGGACCUUCUCACUAGUAUCACCUUCUUCAGGAUGAAGGUGCAAGAGCUGUCGAGCCCACCGAGGGCGAGCACGGUGGUGAAGGACUGCGCCAAGGCGUGCCUGCGGUCCACGUACCAGUUCCUGUUCGAGAACUGCUACGAGCUGUUCAACCGGGAGUUUCAGGUGGACAGCCAGCAGGGGGAGAAAGAUGAGGACCACGGCCCCAGUCUGCACAACCUCGACUUCUGGCACAAGCUCAUCGCCCUCAUGGUCUCCGUCAUCGAGGAGGACCGCAACAGCUAUGCCCCUGUGCUCAACCAGUUCCCUCAAGAGCUCAACGUCGGGCAGUUGAGUGCCGUGACGAUGUGGAGCCUUUUUGCGGUCGACAUGAAGUAUGCCCUAGAAGAACACGAGAACCAAAGGUUGUGCAAGAGUUCAGCGUACAUGAACCUCCACUUCAAGGUCAAGUGGUUCUACAACAACUAUGUCAAGGACAUUUCUCCCUACAAAGACUCGGUGCCUGAAUACCCUGCGUGGUUUGAACCUUUUGUGAUGCAAUGGCUCAAUGAGAAUGACGAUGUUUCUCUAGAUUACCUCAAGAGUGCCUUCCUCCGUGACAAAAAAGACACUUUCAUUCAGAGCUCGGAGCACGCCCUGUUUUCCAAUUCCGUGGUGGACGUUUUUACACAACUCACGCAGUGCUUUGACGUCAUUAGCAAGCUAGAGUGCCCAGACCCUGAGAUUGUGAAGCGCUACAUGAAGCGCUUUGCUAAGACAAUUGUGAAAGUACUCACUGCUUAUGCAGACAUUGUAAAGAAGGAAUUUCCAAAUUACGUCUUGCAGGAAAAGACGGCAUGCAUUUUAAUGAACAACAUUCAGCAACUAAGGGUGCAACUUGAGAAACUUUUCGAGUCUAUGGGAGGUGAAAAGCUGGAGUCUGAUGCAGGGAACAUAUUGAAAGAGCUUCAACAGUCACUCAAUUGCGUCCUAGAUGACCUUAGCAUAGUGUUCGCAAAAAGCCUGGAGCCGACCAUCAAGCAGAGCAUGGGAGAGCUGAGUGCCCUGCUCAUGGGCGUGAAGGGCAGCGGCCAGGUUUCCAUGAACCAAACGUCGCAGCGCAACGAGGUGACGGCCGAGGCAGACCACGUGCUACACCCGCUCAUGGACAUCCUAGACGGGAAGCUCACCAUGUUUGCACAGGUCUGCGAGCGCACCGUGCUCAAGCGUUUGCUCAAGGAACUCUGGAAGAUUGUGAUGCACACGAUGGAGAAGACGGUCGUGCUUCCACCAAUGGGAGAGAAGAAUAUGAUCCUCCCUAACUUGCCCAAUGCCAAAAUCGAAGACGUGUCACGGCUCUUCCGAAAUCAUGUGGCUGCCAACAAGCUGCCUACGCUUGGCGUUAUGGAGGUGGAGAAGAACCUGACGCCAAAGCAAUGUGCUGUGUUGGACGUAGCCCUGGACACGAUCAAGCAGUACUUCCACGCGGGUGGCAACGGCCUCAAGAAGACCUUCUUGGAUAAGAGCCCUGAACUGCAGAGCCUGCGCUAUGCUCUGUCCCUUUACACACAGACCACGGACACUCUCAUCAAGACUUUUGUCACCAGCCAAACCAAACAAGAUCAGCCGGGUGCAGACGAAGGCAGCGUUGGGGAGGUUUCAGUUCAAGUGGACCUGUUCACACACCCCGGCACCGGGGAGCACAAGAUCACCGUGAAAGUGGUGGCGGCCAAUGACAUCAAGUGGCCCAACACAUCCAUGUUCCGGCCGUUCGUGGAAGUGAACCUGAUUGGUCCUCACUUGAGCGACAAGCGCCGAAAGCACGCCACCAAGUCCAAGAACAACAACUGGUCCCCAAAGUACAACGAGACCUUCCACUUCAUCAUUGGGAAUGAGGAGGAACCGUCGUCGUUCGAGCUGCACGUCUGCGUCAAGGACUACUGCUUUGCCCGCGACGACCGUCUGGUGGGCGUGGCCGUGAUGCAGCUGCGCGACAUUGCCGACCAGGGCAGCUGCGCCUGCUGGCUGCCCCUGGGCAGGCGCAUCCACAUGGACGAGACCGGGUGGACCAUCCUGCGGAUCCUCUCGCAGCGCACCAACGACGAGGUCGCCCGGGAGUUUGUCAAGCUCAAGUCGGAGCUGCGCAACGACGAAAACAUCCCCCGCAACUAGGACCCCGAGGGGCUCACGCGAUCGGUGGCCGUGGGAGGGGCUCCCGUGAUUUCGAACCGCCCGCAGAGAACGGACGCCGCGCUCGCAGUCGCCGAAAAGACGGGCACGCGACAAAAUUAACGUUCGUUUUGAGAAAAGUUUGCGAGGCAGGAUUCCUAUAUAUACAACUGCAAAGUGCCUAGUCUGGGGCAACCAUUAACCUUUGCUAAGACCGUGUUGUGCGUGGUCACUCUUCCUGGUGGGCGCCUUUGUUUUCGCGCUGCUUUCGUCGCUCUCCAGACAGUGCACCACAGCCGGCUUGAGUCUCUAUUGAGGUGUAGCGUUUACUCGAGUGUAAGUCGGCGCAGGUUCGAAAAGACCCUAGCAUUUAAUACUUGGGCACGAUACCAGCAAGUUAGUAUGUUCCUCGUGCCGAAAUUGCAGGCUACCAUAUUUACAGGCUACCAUAUUUGCAGGUUAAGAGUCAGAUCUCUUUUUUUUUUAAAUGUCCAUGCAUUUGUUGUUCUUUUUUUUUUAUGAGGAGAGGCAAUGAUUACAGUUAGGAUGCAGCGAGUGAAGAUAUCUCAAUCAUGCCCCAAAACUGCCUCCCCAUGUCCAAAUUCGGAACGUAACGUUUAACGCGCUCGCAAUUUCGGAACAGAUUGCUUUCCGUAAACACAACGUCGUAAGCAGAGGAUAGUCUGUUUCGUAGGGAGAUGUUGGCCGGCUCUCCUCGUAGAGAUUUAUAAUUGGAUGUCCACGUGCUUGGAGAGGAAAGUACGAGGACAGUUUUCUCAAAAGGUUUUCACCAAAAACCGAUUAACUUCGCUACGACUGCCCGCAAUCUCCGUUGUCUGCGAGCGGUUCCACGUCGAGGAUUUUCUCUUCCGGCGCCCCUCACACCCCUAGGGAGUCUUCGAGUCGCGUCGGUUACAGUCCGUGCGCAGAACCAGUGCAGUGGAGGAGGGGCGCGUCUUGCAGGGGCUGUCUGCAGAAAAGCGGGAUCCCAUUGCAGUAAUGAGAACAGGACCAAACAAAACUUGAACACAAAAAAACAAAACGAAAAAAAAAAUUGAUUUUAUGAUGGAGUGAUUGUACUUUGCGAUGACACAAAAAUUUAAACAACCAUUUUGAAAUAAAUUUGAUUUUUUCUUUCAUUCUUUUGUGAAACAAACGAUGGCAGUAAAUAAUAAUAAUAAUAUUUAUUUGCACAAAAAGAAUAUUACCCUGGAUGGCAUGCCAGGCCGGGCAGAACGGUUGCUAUAUAAUAGCGACUCAGAUUUUAUAAAUAAAUUCAGUGGCCUUCUUUACGACUUUGAAAACAUGUAGAGUGUGAUUCAAAGUGUAAACUGUAGCGUCCACAUGGAAGUUCCUAAAUUAAACAUGUUUUUUUUUUAUACUUCAAAGGCUUUGCCAUAGUUGAAAGCUACAACACUUACCUGUCCUAGCGGGUUUUAAAGACGACCUUUGCAAUUUCCAGAUAGCAUUAGAUAGCAUUCUUUUGCCAUUUUCCUGGAGGGUUAAGUUCAACUUCUGCAGAAAAAGAAGUUUAAAGUACAAUCUGUUCAGGGUUCAAUUCCACUCUAUUAUUUUACAUUUGCACUUGAAAAGUGAGAUUCUGAACCACACAUUUGCUCAAGAUGGCUGCCUAAAAACCCUAAUGAACAUGGUUGAAUCUUUUCCUCUAGAUAUUUAUUUUUAGUCAUAUCUUCAGAUCUUUUCAAUUUUCUCUUUUCAAAGUGAUUCUAAAAACAUGUCUGUGUCCGAGUUCUUUUCGAGCUUGCUCCCGGGAAAUGUUCAAAGGAGUCGCCGAACAACAGAGCACUGUCGAGGCCUCUGUCUCCACAACGUUGAACGCAAGGUUUCGCUAAAAGACGUAAGAUCGGCAUAUGAAACGGAGGGCUGUUCGUUCGGUGGCUUCAACAGGACCGAAAUUAGCGAGAACAGUUCCCGGAGCUUGGAAUCUGGUGCCGCGCUCGAUGCAAAGUGAGGCGAGGCAGCCCCCGCAAUGACGCGCCGAAUAAAAGGGGAGCCAAACCGUCUCCCUGACAAUGGUUGUGAUGUCAGAGGUAGGAUCGUGGCACAAAACGUCGUUUCGCUGCGAAAAAACUACAAAAUAAACUGCGCGAUUGUCGCGUGCGUGUUGCACAAAGCGGCGACCGCGCUUUUCAAGCGUUGAUUAUAGCAACUGUUUGCCAGCGGUAUGUAUAGUGGCUGCAUUGUGGGGGGGUUGGGGAGAAAGCUGCAAAACAUUUGUUCUGAUUAGCAGGCCAUUUUUAGUUUGCGAAGUAACGUCGAUGUGGCCUUAAGUACACUGCAAUAACAGCCGUGACUUUGUUUGUUUGGAUCACUCGUCUUUGGCGGUUCGUCGGCUAGUUUGGACCACCCAGAUUGCUCCUUGCAGAGAGGGGAGUGACUGCGGCAGAGUGCGCCGACCCGGUGAGGCGGUCGCGCCAACGGGAAAGGAGGAGAUGUGUUAACGCAUGACGUCUCAAGAACAAAUGGUAGGCGAAGGAAAAGAAAAAUGGUGACCUCUUUGUUUCGACAAGAGCCCUGUUCGUAAGACGAGCGACGCCUUGCUGCGUUGCUGGAACGACGGCCGCGGAAUGGGUGCAGGUCUCGCAACUCCGCGAGGUUGCCCUUUCGGCGUGUCGGGACGCCAGUUUGUGCCGUGGCGGUGACGACCCGCGCACGUCUUGCGCUCUCCUGUUUCUUUCAUCUCUUCUUGCUCAGAUGUUUUGCUCUGCGGUGUCGAGGGCAACAUAUUUUUCUUUCCCCUGGGUUGCCUGUCGUCGUGCAUUACGAACGUGACCUCCCAUUUCUCCUGCCCCGGAGGCGGCCUCCUCGUUCCUUGUUCACUCGGAGCCGUCUUCGAAAUCUAUGCCAUGCCUGAACAGAUCUGCCAUGUGUCGAGUUAUCAGCAUCACGAACGCACGCAGUCUCUUCGGGAAACUUAAAACGAGCGUACGGUCUAAGAGAAGUUCGCUGGACGUUCGUGGAACCUUGUGACGUCUGCAAGAGCACACGUCUUGUAGGGAGUAAUUGCAACGCUGGCUCGUGUGUGCUCGCUGCAAUACCACGUGAAACUAAACUUGCCUAAGCAGUUGCAGGUACAAUGACUGAUUUGUCGAUCCCCUCUAAGCAGAUGGCACCGCACUCAAUUCCUUUCCAAGGUGGACCACAGCCAAUGCCAUAAGCCAUCCUGGCCAAUCCAGGGUAGCAAGUGUGUCAUGUGACCUUGUGGUCGGGUGCAACGGUGGCCAGAACACGAGGUCACAUGGCUAGAUCCUGCUGCUGCAUUGGCCCGAGUGGCUUCCGUUGGGGUAGCGGCAGUAUUUGAUUUGUGCGAGUCGUCCGGUGCACCUUGGAGGGAGAUGAGUGUAAAGUAAGCGGGAGCAGACCGAUAAGGCCAGGUACCUUGGCAACUCCCUGCAGGCAUCAAUUGAUAUAUAGCCGGGUUCAAUUGGAUAACUUGCGACGUAUAUAAGGGUAACACCAGUUGCUCUUGGAUUAGAACUGUUACAUGCUCGCUGCAACGAAAAGCAUCCAUAGUUCAAGUGAAUGCAGGUGUACCCCGAAAUUCUGCGCGCCAGCGUUGAGCCAACAGGCAGACCUGUCCAGGCGUUUUUCACGAGUGGACAAAACUAGCUUCCAUAAUUUUCUUUCUUUUUCUUUUUUAAUUCUCAUUCCCGAUCCUAUACGCUUCGAUUGCGCAUCUAAGACAUCUGUUCGUGGCUUGUACAAACUACCGGCUGUUUUUACUAUGGGCGGGGACUUGACCCAAAGGGCUGUCUCUGUGUCGUUGCGACCAAGGCCCUCGCGGUGUGGGCUGAGCUCGCCUUAGGCUAUGAAGGCAGAAUAAACAUGGUUGUAAAAUAUUUCCUAGGGAUUGUGAAACAAAGUGCAAACGUUGUGUUGCCCUGCAUUGCAUAUCUUGCGUUGUCUGUCAGUUUCUUUUUUUUUUUCUCUUUUUUGGUACUUUUUGUGCCAGCUGUCAAGAAGGAUUCCUUUUUCAACAUGUCCACCUCUGGAGUCGUGUUUUUCUUUUUUUCGUUACCUCUUCGACUCAUGUGCGUGCUUUUUCCGCGGUUACCAAGUGUGCGUGUGCGUGCAUGUGUGAACAUUUGACGAGCGUGAUGCCAAGACGCGCACAUCUAAGCUUUGUCCUCAAGACUAACUUUUUUCUAACCAACCAGAGAAUGGAAUCAAAACUCCUCACUGCAUGCUCUCUUUGUAAAUAUGGGGACGAGGGAAGAACAGUCUCUUGUGUGAAUUUACAAUAAAACGGUAAAAUAACUACUGUACAUACCUUUUUUGGAAGAAAAAUGAAAGCGAAACGCUCUCGCAGCAAUCUCGUUGUUGAACUCUGUUGAACAAUGUUCUAAUAAAAAAAAAAAUAAGAAAGCUCUUUUCUGUGCCCUCUGAGAACGUGUUUUCCAUCGGGGCCCAAAGGAGACUAAUAAAGUUGAUAUAUUGAGUUCAAA